GACUACAGUAAGUGCGGGACCAAUGCAGUUUAUUUUAUUAUUCAGACAACAGUGACAACAGACCACAAAAUACCUGUGUCUUAGUUUAUUUCAUAUUAACUGGAAGCGUCUUUUUACUCUCUAUCGAAUGGUAAAUUUUUUAAAACUUUGAAUGUUAAUGCACUUUUUCCUUUACAAAACUGUAAAACUCAGUUACUCAAAGUUUCUUAUCCCAACCUGCCUGUCCAAAAAAUAACUCUUGCAUGUGUAGCGUGCCUAUGUUUAAAUGUUGUUGUGUCCUAAAAAACUUUGCAAUUGAAUAUUUUAAGUUUGAACAAUGUCAUAAUUGUCAUCACAAACCUAGCGUCAAAAACUAGUAAAUAACGAUUUAAGUUUGUACAUACAUGUGCAGACUUGAAUCAAAAACUAAAACCCUUAUAAGCUUUCGUUUUCCAUCAAGGGAUCAGUUCUUGCCGUGACCCUACAAAAGACGAUAAACAUCUCGAAAUAAUUUCACUGUGGAACCACCGACGCAUAAUUCAAAUCAAAGCUAUCGUAAUAGAUGUGAUCUGCACACCAUGGAAGCCUAAGUAGUUUUUUCUACUUUGAAAAAAGAGCAUUUUACUGUCUGAAUCAGCGACUUCGGCCGAGAAGAGCGGCUAAAUAGGCCUUUCCCAAGAUAUUUGAAACGCAAAGGUGACUGGGAGAGCGUAGCUCGCAAGUGAGGCUAUGGUAAGUACAUUUCCAAGAUGGCGGAAGUCGAAUGGCUGAAGUUACAUGCCCGCAAAGACCAUCUACAAAAAAGGCUUAAAGCUCGCGGUUUGAAAACAACAGGACGAAAAGAAGAACUUAUCCAACGUGUGGUGGAAGCGAAUAAAGAUGGGACUGAGACGAUCAAAGAAAGGGAAACGAGAGAGAAACAAGAGCGAGAAACGAGAGCUGCUGAAAAACUUCGCAGUCCAUCUGAGGAUCUUCCAGAUCCUACAGCUUUGAACAACUGGACGAGUGAUCUUUCGAAACUGCCACCGAUUAGUUAUAAAGAAAUUAUAGACUAUUUGGUCUAUGGAACAUGUAAAUUCUUCCAAAGGGAAGACAUGAAGUGUUUCAAACAACUGAAAGCAUUCAAAUUUUUUAAGGACGGGCACGUACAAAAGAUCGAGUUAAGUCUUAUCAGUGAGACGAGCAGUUACUGCUUCGUGAAGGCGACAGUGUUACCAUCCAUGCGUCAAGACCGCUUUUACAGAACUUGGGUUUCGGUUGUGAAAGAAACAGCUAAAGUGUUUUCAGCAGAUUGUAAUUGUACAGCGGGGUUAGAUGAGGCUUGCAACCACAUUGCAGCAUUACUGUUUGCCCUUGAGGAUUAUGUAAAGAGCCAUCGCAACACCAGGGCCGACAACAUUGCCUGCACAUCCAAACCUUUUGAGUGGAACAAGCCACGCAAAACGAAACUUAGCCCCAAGCUUAUAGAUGAGAUGAGACCAGUUAAGCACCAGUAUGGUAAAGUACCAAGAUUAGCAGCUGUGCCUAGUAAUGAAACAUAUGAAGCAUGUCCCACAGUACCUAAUUUUUUUUUUCUCAAGCCUUUUGGAUGGCCUGAGAUUAGUAAAUCCUCGAUGUGCUAUAUUUACUGCUGUUAAAAAGCAGC